UUCAUCUCUAACUUGGCCUUCUUCUUCUUCUUCUUCUUCUUCUUCUUCUUCUUCACAAAUCAUCAUCAUCAUCAUCUCUUGGCUUAAUAAUUCUCACAAUGAGUUGUUGCAGUACUGUUACAUUGGACAAGGCUUACUCCUUCAAAGGAGAACAACAAAUCAAGCACAUGCUUUUAUCUCCAAGAGUAGAGAAGGAGAUAAAGAUGGAACCAUGCAAAGAGGACAAUUAUGAGCUUGUCAGCUUCGAUGCCUUACCAAACUUUCUCAAAGAUAAUGAGUUCAUCUUGAACUAUUACCGAUCUGAAUGGCCCUGGAAACAGACCCUCCUCAGCCUCUUCUCUGUCCACAAUGAAACCUUAAACAUCUGGACGCACUUGAUUGGAUUCUUCAUCUUCUUAGCUCUCACUAUAUGCGCUGUUUCAAUGGUUCCCUUUGGAUCUCAACCUGAAGUGAAUGGCAUAGAGAUUAACAAGACAAACUUGUCAGUGAUCACCUUGCCUUCAAUUGAUCAUAUGAUCUCAUCUUCAUUCAAUUGGUACCUCCCAACAUACAUAGAGAAAGAGAUUGCUAACGAAGCACAAGGGACAGUAACAAGAUGGCCUUUCUAUGCCUAUUUGUUUGGAGCUAUGUUAUGUUUGUUCACCAGCAGUGCUUGUCAUCUUCUCUCAUGUCACUCAGAGAAGUGUGCUUAUACAAUGCUUCGACUCGAUUAUUCCGGCAUCUCGACACUCAUUGUCACCUCCUUCUACCCUCUUGUUUACUAUUCUUUCAUGUGUUUACCAUUCUAUCGAAACCUCUACAUCGGAUUCAUCACCGCCUUUGGUAUUGCCACCAUCAUGGUCUCGCUUUUCCCGGUCUUUCAGACGCCACAGUUCAGGUCUGUCAGAGCAUUGCUCUUCUUUUGCAUGGGAGUUUCAGGCCUGGUUCCAAUCAUGCACAAGGUGUUUGUGUUUGGCCAUCAACCAGUGGCCAUGAUCACCACAGUGUAUGAGUUAGUCAUGGGGCUCUUUUACGGUGUCGGUGUCAUCGUCUAUGCUGCGAGAGUCCCUGAGAGAUGGUGGCCAGGGAAGUUCGAUCUCAUCGGACAUAGUCAUCAGCUAUUCCAUGUGCUUGUGAUUGCCGGAGCUUAUACACACUACCUUGCCAGUGUUAUGUACCUCAAUUGGAGGGACAUGGAAGGGCAAUGUUAAAAAUUGUAUAAACAUUAUUGAUUCAUUAAUUUAUUCAUUGAA